UGACGGAAACAAACAUUGAUGUUACUAAGCAGUCGAGACGCGAGAGAGCACAGUCUAGGUGGACUAUGCUCGGGAAAUGUUGCAGUGCUCGCGUUCUCCAUGGUUAUCGCACGUGGAAUGAGUUCUAGUGUGUAAUGUGACGAAUUCUUUUUAAGUAUUUCGGUUGAAGAAGGGGUCAAAUAGCCGGCAAGAUGUAUUAUUCUUCGGAGAGUUCGGAUAGUGAGAACACGGCGGAGUCUCAUAGCCUGGACUUCUCCUACCUGAUGCUGGACACGGACUCUCUCGCGAUGCAUUUGAGGAACAGCGUGCGCGAGCAGCAGCUGAACAGACAAGAACAGGUCAAACAAUACGUUACGGUAUGUGAUAAAUCAACGGAAACUAGUCAGUCGAACUGUGAUAGUGGCACGAGGCCGCGGAAUUCUGAGCCUAGACAAGAUGUGGACGACAUGAUGGCCAGACUAGUCGUUUCUUCUGCCAAGGCUAACGACCAGGACGAGGAUAGUGGUUGUGAUACAGUCACUGAGAAGUUGUUCUUGCAGCACAACAUGCUUUUAACAUUACCCUUUGAAGUAGUUAAGUUUACUAAUCUGAAGAUGCUAGAUCUGUCAAACAACAGCUUGACACAUGUGAAUGACUUUGUGUUGCAUCUUCCGGAGUUGCAAACCUUGUAUCUCCGCAACAACAGUUUGACGGAUGAUUCGCUACCUAAAGAACUGUCAACUCUCUCAAAACUAAGAGAACUAAAUCUGAGUGGGAAUCAGUUGACUGUGGUGCCAAGUCAACUCUAUGAGAUGAGUACGUUGAAGUACCUGUACCUCGGAAACAACAUGAUAACAGAAGUCUUACCAGACAUCAGAGCCAUGCAAGGAUUGCAAGUGCUUCAUCUUGGGGGAAACUGCUUAGAGUCCGUCCCAGAUGAGUUGGGGGAACUACAGCAGCUCGGAGCGCUAGUCUUGUGCGACAACCGCCUGUGCAAUCUUCCCCGUGCAAUCUCAAAUCUCACACGCCUACGCUCUCUUCUCCUGCACAAAAAUAAUCUGUGCUGUCUUCCGGUUGGGGCCGUCAAGCUAAGAAGUUUAACGGAGUUGAGUCUUCGAGACAAUCCCCUCGUCACACGGUUUGUCAACUCUUGUGCACGGGAACUCAUGUACAACUCGCCCACACUGCUGGAGCUGGCAGCCCGGGUUAUAAAGCUGAAGAAGAUUCAGUAUACGAAUGAAGAUCUCCCGCAAACCCUUAUCACAUAUUUGAGUUCCGGACAGAGAUGUGUAAAUCCCAAAUGCAAAGGCAUGUACUUCACAUCGUGCGUGGAACAUAUAAAAUUCGUUGACUUCUGUGGAAUGUACAGAGUGCCUUUAAUGCAUUACCUGUGUUCGUCACGUUGCUCCUCUAAGACGCCAGCUUACUACCGAGCUUCAUCUUCAGAGUCUGAGAGUGAAGAAGAUGAACAACCAGCUGCUAGAAUGAAGAGAGUUUUGCUGGGAUAAAUUUGAUCUGCGAGUGUUUUGCAGUCUAAAACUUGUUAGACUGCAUGUGAUGGGAAAAUGGACAGUUGAGAGGUAGUGUUGAGACUCAUUGGUAUUGAGAUUAGUGAAAAGGCCUUAGUGAUGUGUGGUGUGUUAUGCCUUUGUUACAGAUCAUGAUAGAAGUGAUUGAAGACUAAUUGCCAGAUAAUCUCAAGGGGUGGAAGUUUCUGAUGAAGAAAGAUAGUAGCUGUGUUCGUGUGGAAAAAUCCAUUACUGUUUGACCUAUCUCCAUGGUUCCAAGUCCAAUAUUGAAGACUAGAUUUAGUUUUUUAAUGCCUAAUUGUUUGCAGUAUUUCAUCUCAGAUUAUCGUACAUCUGCCACAGGUUACAGUAGAACAUGAAAAAUACAUGAUAUUGAAAGAAUAUUAUAAUUUUUUAUGAUAUGAAAUAUGAAAUAUGUGAAAAGGAUGUGAUGCUUCAGAAUAUGUUUACUAAAAGUUUGGCAGCAAAGCAUUUUUUUUUUUAUGUAUUAUUGGUUUGCUGAUAAAAAAUGAACUCAGAAUAUUUAUGUCACAUUGCAGCAAAAUAGAUUUCUAUGACAUAAAAUAUCAGGAAUGAGAUUGAACCAUUAUCAUUUUCCCCACACUUCUCUCUCUUUCUUUCUUCCCUUCUUUGAAUUGCAAGUGGAAGUAAGGAAAUAUCACUUUUUCUGUAUAGUAGUCUUCAAAUGUGAAGAAAACUUAUUAUAUGAUAACUGAAAUUUUGAGUUUGUUCAUUGGUAGCUAUAGUUAAUGUACAAGUUAUCAAUACUGUGCAACUUUAUUUUGAAUAAUAUAUAUAUAUUUUUUUUUUUUUUCAAACAUUUCUGUCAGUGAAGGAAAAGGUGAAGUCAUUGCAACUUAUCAUUCUGUAGUGAGGAAUAUACAUUGAGAGAAUUGUGCAUAUGAUCUUACUCUUCCAAUUCAGUCUUUGUUAAGCAUUUUCAGCUAGAACUAAUAUAAACACAAAUUACAGUCCUUACUCAAAAGUGCCAAAUUUUGCUAGAAUAUGAAUAGCUGUAGAUUUAAUUAUAUACAUAUAUAUGUACUUUCUCUAUACAUAGUUAGGAUUAUAAUAAAGGUCAUUUGCUAAAAAGUAUAAUGCAGUGGAAAGUAGAACUAUAAAACCUUUAACAUUGUCAUUCUCUUAUAGGUCAGCUGACAUCAAUAUGUCAGGUCAACAGUAUUGCAAGAAAAUAUAUUUUAAUCAGGUAUUAAAAGUAUUUUCUCAGAUUUGAUAAGAUUUUUGUUAACUUUUGGAUAACCAUAUUAGUUGGAAGAGCUUCUUUUAAGGUGCGGUUACAUGGGAAAGAUAACAUGUAUGGCAGUUGCACCAUGUGCAUAGGCCACUAUUUUCUCUUAUACACACUUGGUCUACUAGAUUUAAUUUCUCUGAAUUAACCUGAGAUGUUGGCUCUUCUGAACAAUUCUGUCCAUGUGCUUGAACCCAGUUGAUGCAUGUAGGAAUCUGCAACAUAAUGUCCACAUCUUAGGAGAACUUUUAUAUUAUCAGAGAUUUGUUAGUGAUGAAAUGCUCUUGUGAUCGUGCCUUUAGAUAAUGCUACCUGUUUUUUGCUUAUGUUUUCUUUUCAUCUCAUUUACCAAAAGUUUUAGUGUAAACUGCCAGCUGUGUGUAUUUCAAAUACUAUGCAAGUAAUUCAUCACUGCCAACAGUAACUUUGGAAACCUGAGUGGAAAGCUAUGGGCUGGUAACUUAUGAUCACAGUAGAAGUAUUUUGAUAUGUUCUUUCUGUGUUGACAUAUUAGUUGUUGUUGUUUUUUUGCAAUUACUCUUUUGGUGUGUUAUAUAGUGAGAGUUGUAGGCUAUUAGGAUUAAGCUGUAUUUCAGAGCAACAGCAAAUACAUUUUUGUUGAAUCAAGCAUUACUGUUAACACCAAUUCAAAGAAAUUUUUUAUUAGAAUUUCAUUGUUUGAAAGUAUAACAAUUGUUAUUUUUUAAUUAAAAUUACAUUUUCAUUUAUAUAACCAGUAACUGCAAUGAACAAUGAUUGAACUAUUUCAACUAUUAUGAACUUGGUCUUGCAGCAAAUCUUCGAAGAAGCAUAUUUAAUAUCUAAGAACACUGAACAGAACCAAGAAUCUACAUGUUCCCCACUUGCCUAUCAUCUUUAGAAGUUUGAUUAUUUAUGACAGUUUAUGGUAAUCACACAUUGUAUGUGCUGCUAUCUUCUACAAUUUUUCAGUGUAGAUAUGUCUGCAAACAGUCUUCCAUUUUUUUGUGUGUCAAUUAAAACCUGAGCAUAAGUAGACAUAGUAAUCAAAUAAUGUCCAUUUCACCCAACAUUUACAAGCUUUAAUAACAUUAAAGAUAGUUUAUUAUGCCCAUAUAGUUGAUAAUUGGGUAAAUUUUGAGAUACUGAAAAGAGAAUUUCUGGUCAUCAGCUAGUACUUACCAACCAAACACCAUAAAUAUGAAUGGUGUCAGAAUCCUCAUACAUGUCACAUUUAUCUUCUGACAUGAAGAUGAAAUCCAGAAUGAUUAGAUAACUUUUGUCUCAUCUUUCAUGAAAACUAUUUUAUGUAUAGUGGAUUUCUCAGUCAUUGCAUCUACAGCAGUUGAAGUUCAGUCAUUCAUGUUUGGAGUGUUUAUAUUUUGAACACUAUUCAGUUCUCAGAAUAAAGAUAAGAAAAAAUAUAACUAGUAGCCUAUAACUCUCCAAAAUUUGCCUUCCGUAACCUCUGUUCUGUAUCAUUCCUUUCACGUCUGUUUUUAUGUAUUUGUAUAUUAUUUCAACCUUAACUGUAUCCAAUUUGUCACAUUUUAUAGUGUUGUUUUAUUACUUUUAGGUUAAUGUUUUUGAGUUAUGGAGACAUAUAGUAAAAGUUAUAUUUUAUUAGUUGUAGAAAUAUUACACCAUUGUUUUUCACCAAUUAGGAUGAAAAAUAAGGAAGGCAUACUUUAUAAACUGUGAUUAGGGAAUUAUAGAAAUUUAUUAGUGAUAAAGAAUGAAUACUAACCAUUAAGACAGAAAUCAAACAUUAUUUGUAUGAAAAUGUAUUGUAUAUUUUUUCUUUUCUUUUUUUUGAUAGAAAAGAACAAAAUAAACAAUUUAGUUUUUCUA